AUGAGGACUACCAGUGGGCUCCUUCUUUGCGCAUUCUUACUGGCGUUUCUACCUUACUGCCUGGCGAACAUCAAGAAAUUGAUCUCCGAUGACUUUUCUGAGACUCCCGAAAUUGCGUCCUUUUCCGCCGUCCGCCUCCGACUUGGCCAACCGAAAAAACCAAACCUCCGAUCAACCGUGCGAAUGCGUUCGGACUUUACUGAUACUUUUGGCUUAAGGAAGGCCUUGGUGGUGAUAUUUGAAAAAAUAAGCGUCCCCUCGUACGGCGACUUCUGCCCGAACGUCAUUUUGAGCUUGGGAAAGGAUACUGAUCCACCUGAGUCCUUCCUUGAUAUAGACGGAGGUUACCUGCCGGAUGACCUUGAAAAGGAGUGGUACAAGGAGGAUGCUAACCAGGUUACGCUGUAA